GAUAGUCCGACACCACUAAUUCGAUUGUUUUGUUUGUGUUUUUGGAUCUGACAUUUUGAUUCCAACAUUUUUCAAUUUUUGAUAUAAUUUUUUUAUAUUAUGCAGUUGAAGUUACGUUGAGUUCAUCCUAAAACGUAAUUACUCAGUGGAAAUAUAUUAUUAUAUUCCUUUGAAAAUGGUCAUUCUACAGUUGGAAGAACAGCCAGCAAUAAUUCAGGCUAUAUUUGCUGGAGUUAUAGAUCCAGAUGUAAGGGAACUUAUCGAGUUCAAACAAGAUGUCAACUGCUUAGAUUGCGAAAAGCGAAGUCCAUUGCACGCGGCAGCUUUCAAAGGCGAUCCGACGAUUUCCGCUUUGUUGCUGCGGAACGGCGCCAGAGUGAACGCCAAGGACAGCAAAUGGGUGACGCCAUUACACAGGGCGUGCUCGGUGGGAGCGGACGAGGUCGUAUCUUUGUUGCUGGGCCACGACGCAGACGUGAACGCCAGAGACAGGCUGUGGCAGACGCCGCUCCACGUCGCCGCCGCCGCCAACGCCACAGAGGACGCCGUCCGGUGCGUCGCGAUGCUGCUCGACCGGGCACCUAACGUCAACGUCGCUGACAGAUCGGGCAGAACGGCCCUGCAUCAUGCCGCCUAUAACGGGCAUACCAGGGUGGCAGAAUUGCUGAUCUCUCGAGGGUGUAUGGUGGAUGCUUGCGACAAAAAGGACUACAGACCGCUCCAUUGUGCCGUCCAAAUGGGACACGCAGACACCGUCGAACUUUUGUUGAGGUACGGAGCCGACAUCAAUGCCAAAGACAGGAAUCAAUACACGCCGUUACAUGUUGCCGCUGCCACCGGAAUAGACUCGGUGACAAGGUCCCUCCUCACCGCCUGCCCUCUCAUCGACCCUCCCAACGUCUACGGCAACACGCCCCUCCACAUCGCCUGCCUCAACGGCCACCUCUCGGUCUGUCACGCCCUGGUGUCCGCCGGCGCCCAUCUCGAGGCGUCGAAUUUUCGCGGGCAGACGCCGCUGCACGUUGCGGCAGCCGGCGCCCACGGCGUCGAAUGUUUGGCUUUUUUGUUGAGAAGGAAAGUGGAUGUUAACGUACAAAGUGAGGAUGGGAGGACCCCGCUGCAUAUGACGGCGAUACACGGGAGGUUUACUAGGAGCAAGACCUUGGUUGAUAAUGGUGCUCUUAUUGACUGUGCUGAUAAAAAUGGAUGCACACCUUUACAUAUUGCUGCGCAAUAUGGACACGAUCUACUAGCCAAUACUUUUUUGAGUUAUGGCGCGAAUCCUACCAGAAAAGGAUACGAGGGUAGGACACCCCUUCACAUGUGCUGCCUUUCCGGUUAUGUGGAAUGUGCCAGGAAAUUCGUUCAAGCCGGUGUCGAUUUGAACGAAGUAGACGAUAAUGGCAAAACGCCGACACAUUGUGCUGCGUACAAAGGUUCUUAUGAAUGUCUCGACUUGCUAGUCAGCAACGGGGCGAAUUUCAAAACUACGGACAACCUUCAACGUCUUCCCAUCCACUAUGCCGCCUCUCAAGGUCACUACCAAUGUGUCUUCACUCUGGUGGGAAUUGGAAGUCCUGUCAAUGCGAUUGACAGCGACGGAUGCGCUCCUAUUCAUUUGGCUAGCGCUUUCGAUCUGGAAGGAAAGUGUGUGGAGUACCUGUUGAAUCAUAAGGCUGAUACUUAUUUGAAGGACAACAGAGGGUAUACUCCUCUGCACUAUGCGAUAGCAGGCGGCAAUGUCAAUUGCGUAUCGAUGUUAUUGAGCAACGAACAGAAGUCGAAGGUACAAAAAGGCCGUGAAUCGGAAGAGAUCAAGAGGAUAAUCAAUCAGUGUUCUGUCGAUGUCACGCCUUUACAUCUAGCGGCGAAACUCGGCAACAUGGAGAUCUUGAGGAUGAUAAUGCGCCAUUGCGACGACGUCGACGUCAGGACCAAUCAGGGCCUGACGCCGCUGAUAUUGGCCGCCAGGGAGGGUCACGUGCAAGCCGUCCAUUUCCUACUGCGCUUCGGCGCCAAAGUAGGCGUGGCCGACGCCGUAGAUGCCAUGACGCCGGUGCAUUACAGCGCCAAAAACGGCCAUUCGCAAUGCUUGAUUUUGUUGUUGCACAACAGCGAGGAUCAGAAUGUCGUCAAUAUGCUUGACAGACAACAUCGAACUGCGUUAAUGUUAGCAGUUUCUGGUAACCAUAUUGAGUGUGUUCAGACACUGUUGAAGUGCGGUGCAGAUCCUAAUAUCGUCGAUACUGAUGAACAUUCGUGUUUGUUUAGGGCGGUCGUCAACGGCCAAGACAACGUCGUGCAACUGUUGCUGUCGAGCGCCGCGCAAGCGCAACGGACGGACGUGAACGGCAAGACGGUGCUCCAUCUGGCGGCGGCGUGCGGGCACUUGGCGUGCGCGCGCACCGUCCUUGGCUACAUGACGGCAGAAGAAGCCAGGGCCGAGGACAAGCAGCAAUGCACAGCGUUGCACUGGGCUUGCUAUCACGGUUAUGCGAAUUGUGUCGAAUACUUGUUGGAGAAGAAGAUUUUCGAAGAAAUGAAAGGAAAUUCCUUCUCACCUGUACAUUGUGCUACAUUUUCAGGUUCGGAAAAGUGCCUCGACCUGCUCGUCGCCAGCUACGGCGAUGCGAUAGUCGCUUUGCAGGACGGCCGCCAGAGGACGCCGCUGCACAUCGCCGCCCUGCAUGGCCACCGCGCAUGCGCCGAGUACCUCGUGUCGCGAGGGGCGGCCGUGCACGAGCGCGACGACGAGGGACGCACCGCCCUGGUGGCCGCCGCCCAAUACGGACAAUCGCCAACCGUCGAGUUGUUGCUGAGCUGUAACGCCGAUCUGACUUCUCGCGACAAACUCGGCAACACCGCCUUGCAUUGGGCUUGCCUGAAAAGGCACAGCCAAACUGCCUUAUUAAUAUUAGAAGAUUCUCGAGGAGCAGAUAUCGUCAAUAUCACUAAUAAUGAUAUGAAAACUCCUCUUCAUAUUUCGGCCAGAAACGGCUUGGUGCACGUGACCCAAGAGUUGCUCAAAAAAGAGGCCUCGAUAUCGGCCGUGGAUAACGAAGGUUUGACGCCUGCGCUCUCGUGCGCUCCCAACAACAACGUGGCGCAAUGUUUGGCCCUGAUAUUGCAAUCGCUGCCACGGUUCAUGGAAUCGAAUGCUUCGACGAACGAGUUGCAGAUGUCACAGUCGACAGCGAAAGAAACGAUUAAUUUAGCUUUAAGUUUGACAGUGUCGGAUUUAUCCAGUCUGAACGAUGUCAAAUCAAACUAUUCUAGUGAUAACGAAUUUUAUUGAUAUUUGAGGCUGAUUUAUAGAUUAGAUAAAUGAACGAAUUGAGGUAAAUUGAGGUAAAUAUAAGCCCUAGAAAAAGUUUUAUUUAAUAACAUCAUCUAAGGUGUCCUCAAAUGAGGACAGUCUAUUAAUCAGGUUGGCUACGAAAGUUUCAAAGGUCAAAUAUGUGAGUGAAAUGGCACCCCUGUCAGAAUGAUUCUAUUUCUCUCAGAUCAUAAACCGUUGAACUGUUAAUUAUUGAAAGUAGGGGUAAAAAAACUUCUCGGACCCUAAUUUUCUCAGACAAAAGACGAUGAUGUAUUCGACAAACGGCACUCAGUUUCACUGUAAUAGACAAGAACACAAAUGAGUGAAUGAUAAGAGCUAACAUUUUUAGUCUCACAAGUUGGCGCUAGUAAAAUGUGAGGUCAAUGGUAAAGUAAAAAAUCCCAAAAAUUUGUCUGGCUGUGGCCUGUUUAAUCGAAAAUUUUCGGAAAAAAUUAUGUGGCCCUUUUGAACAAAUAGAAAUUCUUAAAUUAUGGAACGACUUAAGCGGACUUGUGUUUUUUACUCUCAAUGGGGAACUCUACGACUAAUUCCUACAUUGACGAAGAAGAAGAUAUCGUAGAGAGAGGCCAAAUGACACGAAGAGAAGAAGUAUAUUCAUCAGUUCUGCCAACUUUGACCUCAAGUUUCAGUGGCAAAAUGAGGUGAACAAUAUAUAAUGUUGAUCCUCAUUCAGUUUGAAUGUGCAUAUAACUGACAUAUUAUUAUGGUUGUAACAUGAUGGGCCUUUCCAGCCAUUUAAAAAAAAAUAUAUCUCGAAAUAAAUGGCUCUGAAAUACCUUAAUAUU